ACCCUUCUUCUCUGGUUCGUUCUCUGCAGCCGUUUUCCGUCUACGCGUUUUGAUUCUCCAAUUCCUUGUUCAGAGGUUUUGGAUCUGUUCGAAUUCCUUCAUAUCGAUCUUCUUUCUUCCAGUCUAAAAAAGCACCACUCUACUUGAAAGAAAAAUACCUGGGAAUGCUGAAAGAUGUGCUUGAGCGUCAAGAAUUCCUUCUGUGAGGUCAAUGAGCCUGCGGCUCUACUUGAGUACCCCUCAUUCAUCCUCGAUGAAAUUCAAAAUAUAACUCACUUCUGUUCCCAGGUCCGUGCUCAAUUGUGCAAUGGGGCUACAAGCCAUAGAAAGCUUGGUGUUUUUAAACAUGACAAUUGUGAAGAUGGUUGAGCUUCUUUGCUCCUAGUAACUCCUGCUUUGUGUCUAACUGUGUAUAUUGUGUAAGCGGGAGGGUAUAACUUAUUACGUUGUAGGGUUUGUAUUUUGGGAUGGAAAAUAAAGGGAGUGUGUUGUUACAAAGGUAUGAAUUAGGGAGAUUAUUGGGGCAAGGCACCUUUGCUAAGGUCUAUCAUGCAAGAAGCCUUAAAACUGGCGAGAGUGUGGCCAUUAAGGUAACUGAUAAAGAGAAAGUUUUGAAGGUUGGGCUGGUUGACCAGGUCAAGCGAGAGAUAUCUGUAAUGAGAUUGGUUAGACACCCAAACAUUGUGCAGCUUUAUGAGGUUAUGGCUAGCAAAACCAAGAUUUACUUCGUCAUGGAAUAUGCCAAAGGUGGUGAGCUCUUCAACAAGGUUGCCAAGGGUAAACUCAAGGAAGAUGUUGCAAGGAAGUAUUUUCAACAGCUGAUUAGUGCCGUGGAAUUUUGCCACAGCAGAGGUGUUUAUCACCGGGAUUUGAAACCUGAAAAUCUACUUCUCGAUGAGAAUGGAAAUCUGAAGGUUUCAGAUUUUGGGUUGAGUGCCCUUGCUGAUUCCAAGCGCCAAGAUGGAUUGCUCCACACGGCUUGUGGGACGCCUGCUUAUGUUGCUCCAGAAGUAAUCAAUAGAAAAGGGUAUGAUGGAUCUAAAGCUGACAUUUGGUCUUGUGGAGUGAUCUUAUAUGUUCUGCUGGCUGGUUUUCUUCCUUUCCAUGAUUCAAAUUUGAUGGAGAUGUAUAGAAAGAUUGGAAAAGGAGAGUUUAGAUGCCCCAAUUGGUUUCCUACAGAAGUACGCAGGCUUAUGUCUAAGAUUUUGGAUCCAAACCCAAAUACUAGGAUUUCCAUUGCAAAGAUUAAGGAAACUUCUUGGUUCAAAAAGGGUUUGGAAUCCAUAUCAACUACUGAAAGAGAAAUUAAGGAACUGGCUCCUAUGGACGUGGAAGCAGCUUUCAACCCUUUUGAGAAUAGCAGUGCUGCUGCUGAGCCAAAGCAAGAGCUGGUCAAACCUAAUAAUUUGAAUGCUUUUGAUAUUAUUUCUCUUUCAGCAGGGUUUGACCUCUCGGGUCUGUUUGAUGAAAAUACCCAUAAGAGGGAAGCACGAUUUACAUCCAUGCAGCCUGCCUCAACUAUCAUCUCUAAGCUGGAGGAAGUUGCUAGGUUGCUGAGAUUAAAGGUGAAGAAGAAAAGUGGAGGGUUGUUGAAAUUGGAGGGAUCAAAGGAAGGGGGGAAAGAUGUUCUUUCGAUUGAUGCAGAGAUUUUCGAGGUCACUCCAUCUUUCCAUUUGGUGGAGCUAAAGAAGACUAGUGGAGAUACGCCGGACUAUCAGAAGAUACUAAGACAGGAUAUAAAGCCAGCUCUUGAUGACAUUGUUUUGGCUUGGCAAUGUGAUCCUCAGCAGCAACAAUAACAACAGCAGCUGACAUCUUGCUUUAGUGGCCAUUUUUUAGCUUCGUCUUCCCAAAGACAUCUGUUUUUGGAUUUGACAAGGUGCUGUGAAGGAGUGGGAGCAGCAACAGUUGCAGCAGCAUUUUUCGGGACUUUUUACCUUGGCUUCCUAAUUUGGAGAAGAAUCAUCUCUUUGUUAGUUGUGCCUCACUAUAAUCUGUUCAUCCAUUUUAUUGGUACCUUUUCGUAUGUCUGUUACUUGGUUUUUAUUUUUGGUAAGUGGUGGUGUUUUUUAACCAUGUUGACUAUAUUGAAUUAGUAGCAUCUAUGUGAACUUUGUGAGCUUGUUUCA